GGUGGCAUUCAAACUUUGAGUAGCAGAGCAACAACAGCACAAACGAAACCAGGAGCUGACUUUUAGAGUUCCUCGCAGACAUUUUUGAAGGAUUUCCUCACUCAAGGGUACAUUUUCUCCUUCGUUUGGAUCUUCCUACUUGUUUGUUUGGAAAAGAUGAUGUUUACCGCUUUCAACACGGAGUGCGAUUCCUCCUCCCGCUGCAGCACCGCUUCUCCGUCCGGUGACAACCUGGCAUAUCCAUCGCCAGCGGGAUCUUACUCCAGCAUGGGGUCUCCCCACUCUCAGGAUUACACUGACCUGACAGCAUCAAGUGCCUCCUUCAUCCCCACCGUCACAGCCAUUUCAACAAGCCCAGACUUGCAGUGGAUGGUGCAGCCUUUGAUCUCCUCAGUGGCCCCCUCUCAUAGAGCUCACCCCUACACCCCCAGCCCCGCCUACUCCAGACCAGGCAUGAGGUCUGCAGCCUCCAAGGCUCACAACUCUCUGAAGAGGGGCAGAAUGGACCAGCCCGCAUCCGAGGAGGAAGAAAAGAAGAGAGUUCGCAGAGAGAGAAACAAGCAGGCAGCAGCUAAAUGCCGCAACAGGAGGCGAGAGCUUACAGACACUCUGCAAGCUGAAACUGAUGUGCUGGAGGAUGAGAAGUCCAGCCUGCAGAAUGAUAUUGCCAAUCUCCUGAAGGAGAAGGAGAGGCUUGAGUUUAUUCUGGCUGCACACCAGCCCAUCUGCAAAAUCCCCUCAGAGCUAGACACUGAGUUCUCCAUCACUACCAUUUCUCCUGCCCACCCUUAUCUCUCCACCAAGGUGUCCCCCCAGCCUCAGACCACCAUCCCAAUUGCAUCCAUCCAUUCUAGCCAGCCUACCUUCACCUCACCCUCCAACUCCAUCUUCUCUAGCAGCAGCUCCGUCCUGUCCACCGCCACUGUCUCAAGCAGCUCAGUCAAGAUGUCAGAUCUGGAGUCCUCAGUCCUCGAGGAGUCUCUGGAUCUGCUGGCAAAGACAGAGAUGGAGACGGCACGCUCAGUGCCAGAGGUCGACCUGUCCAACUCCGUCUACACAACUCAGGACUGGGAGCCACUUCAUGCCACAACCAAUACCAAUGACUUUGAGCCCUUGUGCACGCCUGUGGUGACCUGCACACCUGCUGGCACUACCUUCACGUCUUCAUUUGUGUUUACCUUCCCAGAGGCUGAGACCUUCCCCACCUGUGGCAUCGCCCACAGGAGAGGAAGUAACAGCAAUGACCAGUCCUCUGACUCCCUCAGCUCACCAACCCUGCUGGCCCUUUAAAGACUCUUCCAGAAACAAUCAAUCUUCCUAUCAAGCACAUUUUUCUUCAUGUAUGAGACAGAUGUGCAGAUCACAGGGCUAUGGAAAGGACUUAAACCAAUUAUUUUAUUUGCCUAUCUAUACUUGCAUAUGACACCAAUGUAGCAAGUUAAAAAGCAUGUUUCAAGUAAUACCACCUUGUAGUUUUAUGAGUUCAUAUAUGAUUUCUGGUGCUAGAUAAAAAAAAAAAAAAAGUUGUAGUGUUGAUGUGUUUUCAGAGCAAUAGUUAAUAUUGAUCCAGUUUGUUUUUCUGGUUGAUGGAAUGUGAGAGUAAUUGUGAACUUUUGUGAAACUUAAAACUGACGUGCUUUGUCUUUACCAUGGUCUGAGUGGUCUAUCUUUUAGUAUGAAGUUUUCUGUGAAAACAUCAGUGGUUUUAAUUUAUGAAAUUUCAAUUUAUUUUUUUACAAAAAGAGUUAACUAUGAUUGCUGUUUGUAUGAUAUGUAAAUAAAAGAUAGUGAUAUUUCAA